AUGGCCGGAACUGAACCGGAGCCGGAGCCGUACGCCCCGGACCAACCGAGCAACGACGACGACCUCGAUCACUUUCUCGCAUCAGGAAGACUUGACCCGGCUCACAAUUCAACUACUUGGUCAAUUACUGCCCAGUCAGUAUGGAACGCUCAUCGAGAUCAGCAGCCGGAUCAGCCUGCCAAGCGUGUCGCAGGCAAAAGAAGACGAAUCCCAGCUACAUCGCGAAAUCAGACAACUGAGACGAGAUAUCCAGAACAACCCCGUCAUCUACCCCAGGACCCAGCGCCUUCAGGGACGCCACUUGCUCCGAUAUUGCCCAGUAUCUUCUCCUCUUUGCCAUACCCCCAUAUUGGCCGCGGCUACGGUGGCACAGGGCCCCAAGAUAAACAGCUUUGUGACAACCUUCCAGAAACAUCAACGGCACGAGAUGCCCAUGGAAGAACUAGUGGCCGCAUCUCGACAGAAGAUACUAUGCAAUUAAUUGACUUGUUCCGCGAUAGGCUUCUUGUGACGGUACCAAUACUCAUCCCCGCCGAUUAUGAGGACGGUGAAAGACUCAUCGCAACAUACCCCAACCUUGUUUCUUGCAUAUCUUAUGUCACUGCUAGAUACAUACCCGGCUACGAGGAGGUCAGGGAUUGCCUGGUCCCAGUUGUCUCAGCGUUCCUUCAAACCGCAUAUAAUACUAAAGCAGCUAACGCGGAGGAAGAAUUAGCCACAAUGCAGGCUUUGAUAAUACUCUAUGUAUUCGCGCGGUCGAAUGUGAUUGAGCGGCCUUCAGAGUCAAUAUUUUCAAACAAUAUUAGCUUUUGGUCAAUCAAAGCUGCGUGCGAGAUGUUAGCUAUGCAGCUUAGAUUACAUCGAUCAAGUGAUGGCAUCAGGCGGCAGCUACAACUAGGAAACCCUCUGAAGAGGAAUGAUACAUGUGUACGGAAGUAUCUGUACUGGCUUUGGCUUUAUACAACAGCUCAUCACGUCUCUAUUGCGACGGGUACACCACCAAGUAUAAACGCGGAUGCUUCCAUUAGAGCCGCUCCAACCGUUCUACAAAGCAUUCAAUCUAACGAUGACGUUCUUAUUACACUCCGCGAGGCCCAAUUGUGUCUGCUCUGGGACAAACUUGGCGAGAAAGACCCGAGUCUCAAGGAGUGGUGGUGCUCCAUAGACCACGAUGAUGACUCAACAAGCGAAAUGCCACCUAUUACCUUCGAGGAUGUCGAUGCCGCGCUCAAUGAAUGGAAAGCCCAGUCAUCCUCAGACCGUAUAAGUAAUAGAAAAGGAUUUAUGAGCCUUAGCCCGGAGUACUACUUCCAAUACACCCGCUUCUGUCUCAAUACCCACUUCAUCCGGCGCUUAGCUUCAGUUAAUAUCCAAUCUCGCGAGGUUGAAGCCAUUCAGAGGUCUGUGGACUCCGCUGUAUCUGUCCUAAGCAUUUCCGGCCGCCUCGGCCCGGCCAAAAGAGACCAGCUGCGUUACUCCCCGGGCUUUCUGUUUGUGACCCUCUCAUUCUGCUCAUCAUUUAUCCUAGAAGCUAUACAAUUAUUCCCAACACUCUUCCCGGACCCCGCGUUGGAGCUUGGCCUUAUCAGGAAGAUUGCAUCCUUUAUGAGGGACCUAGGUGUCGACAGAAGUCAUGGGGCGUCUGCGUGUGGGCGUUCAGUGCUCCGCAAACUUGACGCAACUAUUGAACGCAUCAAUCGAAGACAAGCACCUGCCGUAGCCGCUCAGAGAGAGCCUGGAGCUAUGGCCAUGACGCCAGCUACGAGCGGAGUCGACGAACCAUCUGAAAGUAUGGUGCUUAGCGACUUCGAUCAAUAUUAUUCAAACUCUAUCUUCGAUUUUCCUGGGCUCGUAGAUGGUCGCAUAGAAGGAUCCGAGUUUGAUUUUGGGUCGCUGAGGUAUCCAUCGAGGUAG